CAGUGGGUAAAGAAGAUCGUUAAACCUACUUGACAAUUUGACAAUUCCUAUAUGGUCUAUAUGGUGCAAUAAGGAUCGUUCGUGAAUUUGUGUGCGAAACAGUGUUUGUUUCUGUGUCCCCGUUAAUAAUUUACUGUCCAUGUUAAUAAGAACAAUUUAAUUGUUAAGCCAAAAUGGCAUACAGAUGUCCAACGGACUUGGAUGAGUUCCUGCCCCAUCUGCCUAAAGCAGACACAAAGUUCCGACAGCAGCUUGGUGUUGAUCUGCUGGCUUUCUUAGCUGAACCAUCUAAUCCCAUCACAUGUCAGGAUAUUGGGCAACUUGUUGAUGGGCUAAUACCAUGGAUGCAGAGCAGUAAUUAUAAGGUGUCCAGCAAUGGAAUCGAGAUUAUGACUUAUCUGGUUGAUAGGCUAGGCUACGACUUCCGACCGUACCUUCAAACCGUGCUACCCUGCGUGAUAGAUAGAUUGGGAGACGCGCGCGAUACCGUGCGAGAGAAAGCCCAGCUGCUGAUUCUGAAGCUUCUGGAACGAGAGGUCAUCACGCCGCAAGCACUUCUCGAAAAGCUGACCCCUGGAUUUACGCACAAGAACGCCAAGAUUCGGGAGGAGGUCCUUAGAUGUCUUGUGAAUACUAUCAAUGAACAUGGUGCACAGUCCGUAACUUUGAGCAAGUUUAUACCGCAUAUAGUUAAAUUGAUUUCGGAUCCUACGUCGACCGUAAGGGACACCGCUUUUAUUACCAUCGUCGAUCUUUAUAAGCACGUAGGAGAUAAGCUGAAGAUUGACAUUCAGAAGAGGAACUUAGUGCCGGCUGCACGAUUGCCGGCGUUGCUAGCGCGCUUCGACGAAGUCAAAGCUUCCGGAGAACUUCUUCCAACGAGCAAAUCAAUUGACAUUGGGACAGAUGAUGUAGACAAAUUGGUCAUGCCAAAGCCUAUAGUUCCUGUACGAAAAACCGCAUUGGGGUCUGCGAUGAAGCGUAGUACUUCAAAUUCGCGAAGCGUUGCCUCCAAUCCUGGAAGCAACUCCGUUCCAGUUAGCAGAUCCGUUUCAAUCCGCAAGAAUUGCGUCUCUGGUGCUGUUGAUGAAGAACUAUUCAUUAAAUAUUUCGACGAAGUGCCUCAGUUGCAGCUGUUUUCCCAUAGGGAAGUCAAUGAUCACAUGAAAUCCAUUCAAGAUAUCAUCUCCGAUACAAAUAAGGAUUGGAAUAAACGCACUGAUGCAUUAAAGAAAUUACGUUCGCUUGUUAUAGCCGGUGCAACAAAUUACGAUGAUUUCCAUACGAAUCUCAGGAGUAUGGAGUAUGCGCUACAGGCGACCAUUAAAGAUCUGCGUUCGCAGGUCGUCAGAGAGGCUUGCAUCUCGAUCGCCUUUUUAGCCCAGAGCUUGGGGAACAGAUUCGACCACGCUGCCGAAUGUCUUCUGAACAAUCUAAUUAAUCUGAUCCAAAAUUCGGCCAAAAUCAUUUCCACGUCCGGUGUAACUUGCCUGAGAUUCAUAAUCCAGUACACACAAGGUCCGAGACUGAUUCCUAUUAUCACGUCUAAUCAGCAGAACUCCAAGAGCAAGGAUAUUCGUCGCAGCUGCUGCGAGUUUCUCGAUUACAUAUUGAGCAAUUGGCAGACCAAUCCUUUGGAAAAGCACAUCGCCAUUUUGCAGGAAUCCGUGAAGAAAGGUAUUGCCGAUGCGGACCCGGAAGCUCGCGUUAUCUCCAGAAAAGCAUUUAGAGGUUUUCGAGAUCACUUCCCGGAACAGGCAGAGGUGCUUCUUCAAUCCCUUGAGCCCACGUACAGGAAAGCACUCCAAGGGGAACUGUGUUUAUCCAGUAGCUCAUCUAGUGGAAGUUUGGCGCAAACCGGAAACUUGAGAACGCCCAGGCAGUACCGAGCACCGAUGUCGACGCAAAGUUCUACAGGCAGCACAGAGAAUCUCAGUGGCGGCCUUCAAAGGGCCCCUUCUCUGCCGAGGAGCUACAGCAGACAGCGGAGCGGAAUUCCCGUGCUUUCUAAUAGCGGCAAGAAGGGAUUCAGAAGCAACUCGGCGAUCGAUCUUCAAGCAGCGCAGAGGGCCAAGACAAGGGCACAGUAUUCGGCAAUGGCCCGGCAGAAAAUCAGUUCAGGAACGGCGAGUUUACCUGGUGGAGAGAAUGCACAGCAAGCGCGCCCGCGGAAGACGCACGACGUUGUUUCAAUGCAAUCGCCUGAGAGAACAGGCCGUACGAGGAGCAGGAAUCAAGGCGUUUCGCAUUCGCAACCAACGAGUCGGUCUGGAUCUCCUAGUUCUCGACUACCUUACCUAUAUGGAAGGACUCAUAACAUGGACAGCACAGAUAACAGUCCAAGGCCGAGGAGGAUUUCAUCUGGUAUACCGAGAUCCACUGCCGGAUCCAGAGACACUUCAAGGGAGGCCAGUCCUACAAGAGUUUCCACUUUGAGUAGAUUCAGGAGAAGCAGCAGUGACAGACCGCCUAUGAGUCCGUCUUCUAGACCGGUGAUGGCCCAGAAGAUUCUUCAACAAAGUCGCGAAGCUGAAAGCGCACUUGCGGAUGCUUUGAGCUUCGAUCAGGGCGAUUCAAUUGACUAUCACAAUCGAAAUUUGCGAUCUUCGACUUUACGCUCAUUGGACAAUCAUUCUGACGAUUCUGAGACUUCCAGCGUGUGCUCCGAGAGAUCGUUUGAUUCAUACAGAAGGCCGAGCGAUUCAUACUCUUGGAGUGGUUCACAGCAGCGAUUAAGUAGCAGGGAACUGUGGGAACCCUGCCAUGAUAUUAAUGAAAUAAUUGUAUACUGUGCGAGCACAAUAUGGCAGGAAAGGAAGGAUGGUCUGGUAUCCUUGAGAAUUUACCUAAGCAAUGGUAACCUGUUGAGUCCAGGUGAACUGAAGCACAUAACCGAAAUCUUCACCAAAAUGUUCAUGGAUUCGCAUACGAAAGGCCUGAGCGUCUUCCUCGAUACGAUAAACGAACUGAUUAGAAAACAUAAGCAAGAAUUACAUGAUUGGCUGUAUGUAUUACUGCAGAGAAUAUUCUACAAGAUGGGUACUGAUCUUCUGAUGUCCGCCCAGACGAAGUUAAAUAACACUCUGGACAAUGUCAAAAAGAGUUUUCCGAUACAGCUGCAACUCAAUUAUGUGUACAAGUUCUUGGUAGAUGUAGCACAGACGCCCAACACCAAAGUUAAAGUGGCCGUAUUGAAUUUCUUGACAUCCCUAUGUCAUGUCACCGAGCCAGGGCAGUCGAUCAACAUGCCUCCGGCGAAUCAAGCCCUUUUAAAAAUUAUCAAUUACGCCCAGGACAUAAAGUCUAUCGAUAUUAGGAACGCAGCUAAGAAUUGCAUCGUGGCUUUGUGGAAUUGCAACACGCCGCAAGUUACAAUGAUGCUGGCUGACUUCCCCAAAGAACAACAAGAUGUAGCCUCAAGCAUCGUUCACAGUCACAUGCGAAAAAAUUCUUCAGGAAGCGAUAUCGGCAGUCCGGGUAUAAAAGCCCUAUCGCCGAGUACCGCGACCGCAAAACACAACGACACUAUGAACCACGAGGAUAUCUACAAGAGCCUGCAGAGAACCACGGCUGAAAUCCAAAAUUAUAGUUAUGAAACGUUAGGUUCAAAAUUGGACCGUGAUAGAGAUACAACAUCACAAGACUCAGGUAUAUCUCAAAUGUCUAUAGGUAAUGACAUAAAGACUGAAAUACUGGCCAUCGAGGAAAAGAUGGAUGAGAUUCACAUCGGUGCCUCGUACACCGCUAGACUUACCAGCGGUACUCAUUCGUCCAUCAACGGAGUCAACGACAACAAUUCAAAUGGUUACGAUCAAAUGGAAAAUUUAAAAGAAGAUGAACUGGUCACGAACAUAUUAGAAUAUUGCUUAAUUGAUAAUCCUUUAGCAAAUAAGACUAAGCGUAAACUACUCGAAAAGUUGAUAAUCGUUAUUAAACAAGGAAACGUGGAAUCGAUUAUACUUAACUUCAAGAAAUUAUUGCGGAUACUCAUCGAUACUUUGAGUCAGAAAGAUGUGAAGUCGCAAGUUAUAGUGCUUCAGAUUUUAACAGAAAUAUUUAAGAAUCCCAAAUUGGAGCCGUGCUGGCAGAAGUUUAUCGAACUGUUGACACUGAGAGUCCUAGAGGCUUACCUGGAUGAAAGUAGAGAGGUGGUGAAGACAGCGGACGCAACUGCAGCAGCGAUGAGUGUAUUUCCGUUCGACACCCUCGUGAAUACGUUAUCGCCGCUGAUACAAACUAGCACUUAUCCUAAAAUUGACGGUUCGAUAAAAAUGCUGACCAAAAUGAUCGAUGUGCACCAGGCAGACAUUACGGACGAACAUUUGACCAUAAUUAUGCCAGGAUUAGUUAAGGCGAACGAGAAUGAAGAGAGUUCCGUGCGGAAGAGCGCCGUAUUUUGCAUGGUGGCGCUUCACAGAGCCGUGGGCGAGGAGCGUCUAGCGCAGCACAUAGUUUCCUUAACGGGAUCGAAGUUGAAGCUGCUAAGAUUAUAUAUCGAGAAGGAGGAAAAUAAGUUAGUAUCGAAAAAUACUCGCAAUUUGAACGCCAGCUAGUGCCGUCGGCGUCCGGUAAAUGUUAUUAAAACAUGUUUGAUUAUGUUUAUUUAUAACGCUGCUCAGAUAAUUAUUUUUAAUUACAAUAUUGUUCAUCGGUUUUAUUAAUUGCAUUUCUUCACUGCCAGAAUAGUAAGGGGGGAAGGGGAAGUUUUGACUUUGCGGUAGAUGAUUUGAGAACGAGGAGUUUAUAUGGUCAAUAUAUUGCAAAGAUGCUCGUUAUCUGAUUAAUAAAUUAUGAUUAUUUAGGUGGGUGGUGUGUUUUGGUGGAAAACUGAAGUUUACUCUAAUUGUUUUGUUAAAUGUAAAUUUAUGCUUUCUAAAUUGAAAACAAACAAAACAACAACAAAUGCUGAUCAUCGAUUCGUCAGUGUACGUUGUUAUAUAUAUAUAUAAAUAUUAUUUUUGCAAUUAAAUUGUUAUUUUUUUUGUUCAAUUGCGAUGCACGUCGAGUGCUUUGAGAAAACAAAUGAAAUGCUUUAAAUGUAAAUCUUUACGGCAAUUUGUUUGUCUUGUAAUAUACAGUUAUUAGGGGUUUUUAUUUUUAUCGCGAUGCGAUAUAUACUUGUUCGACGUGAAAUAAGUAUAUAAACGUACUUGAUUCUCUGGAUGGUCUAAUCGACAUUUGUGAAACUGAAAAAAAAAUCUUUGCACAUACGUAAUUUCUUCGUUUUCUCGUUCGUCGAUGAUAAUUCAUGUAAUUGGCAAUUAGAAUAAUGUUUUUAUGAGAUUGUUGCUAAUAAAAUUAGCAAAAAAAGUGUUGUAUAAACUAUAUAAGGCAGUUAU